AAAAGCGAAGAAGAAGAAUUCCGGAAGUUCUUCUGUUGUUUACUUCCGUAGCCCUCGUUAGCAGCAGCCGGUCAUUCGGAGCUGCUUUUCUCCAGAAUAGUCCUCGUACUCCAACCUCUGCCCCCGGAAGGCGACAUGUCUCGGUCCCAGAAGCUGCGUCUGUUCGUCACUCAGCGCCUGAACGCGGCGGUCGAGGAGAUUUUGGCGGCUUUUGAGGAAACCAUCGUGAAGUACGAAGAGGAAGCCGCUCUCAGCCAGCAGGUGAUCUCCCGCCAACAUGCGCUGCUCUGCGCCCUGGACAAGUCCGUGAUGGAGGCACCGGCCGCAGAUGUCUUCACACAGCAUCUGCUGGAUCCCAGAGACGACCUGCUCCUGACCCGUCUGGACCAGAACCUGGACCAGAACCUGCUUCUUGAGCCUUCCUGCCAUGUUGAGGUCAAAGCCGAGGAGACUCGCCCCGCUCUGGACGCGGCGGAGAUCAUCGAGUUCACCUACAGCUCCCGGCCGUCAGCGAGGCUAUGCGACGGCGUCCACCCCGUGGCUGACCCAGACCCGGACGUCCCGGUUGUGUUGUCGUCUGACACCGAAGACAGCGACGACUACAGCAAAGGCUCGCCUGACCCCGGAUCAGCUCCUGAUCAGCCUAGUCGCCAUGGCGACGGGUUCAGCUGCCAGGCCUGCAGUCGCGCCUUCAACGCCCGCAGGUUUCUGUUCAGGCACGUCAGAGGCCACCUCCGGGACCCCACGCCGGUCUGCGGUCUGUGCGGGGAGCAGUUUGACGUCCCUCGCGAACUCCAGCUUCACCUCCAAACCCACAGCAGGAAGAAGGUUCUGAAGAACCAAACCAGAACCCAGAGCAGAGCCAGGCGGCUCCAGCAGGUCUCUGACGUCAAAGAGCCUGAAGCCCAGAAAGAGGAGAACCCAAACCGGACUGGCAUGAAGAAGAGGAACCGGGGUCGGCCUCGGAGCGACAACCAAAACCCAGACAGUCAGAAAGUUCUGAAAAAAAGGAAGAGGAAACUCUAAACCUCUAAUCCCGGCUUCUAAUCCAGUUUAUUCCACGCAUAUUGACUGCAGCUUGGUUUUAACUUUAACUUCUGGAUUUUCUACUCCAAUCUUUGGCUUAUUAGGCUUUUCUACUUUUAAAAAGUACUUUUGUUUUUCUGGAAAUAAAAUCCAGAGAAAUUCUGACAUUUUCCAGAAUUCUGACUUUAAUCUGUGAGAAAAGUUAUGUUUUUAUCAAUGGCCCUAAUCCUCCUCCAAACAGCAUCUAUGAUUGAUGGAAAAGUUUUUACCAUAAAGAAAAAAAGAAAAACCUGAAAUCUUCAUGUCUUAAACAUCAGAAUGUUUCUGAUUAAAGACGAUAAACAAAGAUGAGAUGGAAGGACAACGACUUGCGUUUCUGAACUUCCCCACCCUGAAAUUAUUUUUAGAGGAGUUUCCAUUCAGAACCAGAGAUUGUUACUGAAGCAGAGUUAUGUUUUUUAUCCGUUAUGUCUCAGAUCAGAUAAUAUUUUGAAAUAAUUGUUCAAUGCAGAAAUUUGUUUCCACAUUAAAAGAUUUUGUACCAGUGGA